CUUGAAAAAACGCAACAAAAAUAAACUAGAUAAAUAAAAAAUUAAACAAUUUAGAUGGCCGUGAGAAGGUACAAUACGAGCGCGGCGGCGCUCCUCGUGGUGGCGUGCAUGGCCGUGGCCGUGACCGCUGCGGACGAGAAGCCGCAGCAAGGCGUGGUGGGCGAUCUGUGCGACGCGACGGGGAUGGGCGAGAACUGCAAGCAGGGCAACAUCUCGGAGGCGAAGGAUUUCAUAAGGGAGGCGUUCGACAAGGCGGUGGCGGAGCUGCAGAUCGCCAUAAAGAACACGACGAUGUAUAAGAAUUUGGAGAAGGACCCGAUGACGAAAGGGGCGCUGGACGUGUGCGAGCGCGUGCUGGCGGAUUCCAUCGAGGAAGUCCACACGUCAGUGGAGCAUAUCAGCCAGUAUGAGAUCGGCCAGAUGGAUCAUAUCCUCGAUGAGGUCAAGAUAUGGCUCAGCGCCGCCAUCACCUACAAGGACACCUGCUUCGAUGCAUUCGCCAAGACUAAAGGAGAGUCCGGGAAAGCGGUGAGGGAAAUGCUGAAAACCAGCGGCGAGUUGCUGAGCAAGGGUUUGGGAUUGGUGAUCGAAUUCCAGAAGAAUUUCCAGUCCAUCAAGAAGGAUUUGGGCGAACUGGUGAACAGCAUCAAGGCCCCGCGGCAGCUCCUGGAUGCCGGCGUUCCUGAUUUCGUGAAAGGUCACGCGAGGAAGCUCGUCGAAAACCCUAAGAUCUCGUUGAAGCCGAACGUGGUGGUGGCGCAAGACGGCAGCGGCCAGUUCAAGACCAUCACCGAGGCCGUGAAGACGGUGCCGCCCAAGAACAAAACGCCGUAUGUGAUAUUCGUGAAGGCCGGCGUGUACAAGGAGUACGUUGAGAUCCCGAAGAAGGUGGAUGAGGUCAUUCUGAUCGGAGAGGGGCCGUUGAAGACCAGAAUCUCCGGCGACAAGUGUUUCACUCAUGGAACUCAGACCUACGACUCCGCAACUCUAAUCGUGAACGGGCGAGGGUUCAUCGCCAAGGACAUCGGCAUCGAGAACACGGCGGGGGCGGUGGGGCACCAGGCGGUGGCGGUGCGAGCGUCGGGUGACGUGGGCAUCUUCUACAACGUCCACAUGGACGGCUACCAAGACACCCUAUACCCACACAUCCAGCGCCAGCUCUUCCGCGAGUGCCGCAUCAGCGGCACGGUCGACUUCAUCUUCGGCAACGCCAUCGCCGUGUUCCAGAAGUGCGAGCUGGUGGUGCGCAAGCCCGACCCGCACCAGGCGUGCAUGGUGACGGCGCAGGGGCGCAACGAGAAGAACCUGACGGGGAUCACCAUCAUCCAGGGCUGCAAGAUCACGGCGGAGAAGGACUUCCUGGAGGCGCAGCCGCCGUUCAUGGCGUACCUGGGGCGGCCGUGGAAGACGCUGUCGAGGACAAUCAUCGCGCAGAGCACCAUCGAGGGGUUCAUCGCGCCCGAGGGGUGGUCGCCGUGGGAGGGGAGCAUCGGGUUGGAUACCAUCUUCUACGUCGAGUACAAGAACGAGGGGCCCGGGGCGGAUCAGUCGAAACGGGUCAAUUGGCCGGGUAUCAAGAAGUUGAACGACGAGGAGAUGAAGGCAUGGACUCCAAUCGUUCAUUUUGUGGAGGAUGGAUGGAUCAAAGACAGUGGAGUCCCCUUCGAUCCAGUAUACAUCUAAGAAGUUUUGAGCUCAUCACUGCAUAUUUGAUUUGUAUAUGGUUUUGGGUUUGGGGUAUAAGUUGUUGGUGGCGAUGAGCUUCGGCCCGCCCCCUUUGUUUUCUUGUUAGGAACGUUGAUAGUUAUUGAUUUUCAUAUUAUAUCCAUCUAAGUUAUACAAAAAAAUGUGAUCCAUGUAUAGAGGUAAGUACACAAUAAAUAUCACACGGAUUUGUUUGCCAGUCACAAUUUUGGCGUUUA